AUGGAUUCCGACACCGGCUCCACCUGCAGUCGCUCCUCGUCCCCAGACCUCACCGUUGACUCCAGCUUCUUCUCUGGCAAGGUGUUCCAGCAUGCAGUGAAAGCCUCCGACGGAUCCCCAUCUUCUUUGGGGAAAAUUCAGAACCGUCCAGAGGUCUCCAAAGCAGACCUUCAGGAGUUGCGCCUCAAGGUGAACAGCCGCGAGAGGAAACGCAUGCACGACCUCAACCAAGCCAUGGACGGCCUCCGCGAAGUCAUGCCGUAUGCCCAAGGCCCCUCAGUGCGUAAGCUGUCCAAGAUCUCCACCCUCCUUCUGGCACGCAACUACAUCCUCAUGCUCUCCAGUUCCUUGGAGGAGAUGAAGAAGCUAGUGGGCGAGGUGUACGGGUCCAGUGUGGCUCAAAACCAUGCCCCGAGGCCCGUCUUAGCUCCAUCCCUGCACCCUCUGGCCCAGUCCUUGCACUCCUUAGCAGGUGGAGCCACAGCCGUGAGCUCCACCCCCCUUCAGCACACCAGCAUGCACGCGGCUACAGCUCAAACUCCCCAUUCUCCUCCGUCAGCAGGAUAUCUGGGCUUCCACGCGCCACCAAUCCCAAGCUUACUGAAGGACCCGCUGCAUUUGGCCAGCUCGUACCGCCACUUCCCCGGCAUGCCGUGUCCGUGCUCCCUGUGCCAACCUUUACCCGUGUCUACCGCCAGCCUGCACGGCCUUUCCAUGAGCAAGUGA